CACUAACUAAAUUUUUAGCCACUCGACAUCAUCGAGUUUGUCAAGGCAAAAUCGGGUACCAGGUGGAACAAGUUUAACUCGGAAAAAGUUCUUGAUGUGACCUAUGCAAACAUUCAAGGCAUUGAUCAGCUUGUUGAGAAGUUUCGUAAUAGUUCUGUUAUGGAUCAAGAUCCGUCCUACAGACCUAAGCUCUUCCACUCUUCGGGGCCAUUGGUUGGAACUGAGUUGGAGUUUCCCGCGUCCAACAACAUUUUGAAAAAAUGUCGAAGUGUCUCUGCGGCGCAACAAAUUGGACUUUUUGCACCAAAGAUGUCGAAGGGAGUUUGGCGCAAGCGCGAUUAGAACCCCCCCGGAUUCAAUGGCUUUAUUGGAGCGGCAUUCGUAAAAAAGGUCUGAUAUGUUUGCGGAAAGGUUACUUAUAUGGUGAUAGUGGUUGCAGGCAGGUUGUGGCAUUUUUAAACCGAGUUCACUGAAGUUAGGACAUUGUGCAGGAUGUCAAUCAAAACUAGGAAGUUGGUUUUCCUCUGGUGGAUGGAGUAGAGGGAAAUGGUGGAUUUUCUAUAGACAUCAUGAUUUUGUGCUACAUUGUUUGAAUGGUUUGAAAUAUCAUAUUAUUAAAACCCGAA